UCAUUGAAGAGCCUGUGGGGCUGUGGGACCUGCGCCCUCUGGAGGAAUUCCAUACACCCACUCAACCCUGGCAAAUAGGAAAUUGUCAAGUAGGAGACAAGGAGCAAAGUCCUAUCACAGCGGGAGGGGACGCCAGUGCCUGCAGGGGCUGAGCAGGGAAAAAGCCAGUGCCCCAGCGGAAGCACAGCUCAGAGCUGGUCUGCCAUGGACGUCCUGGUCCCACUCCUGCAGCUGUUGGUGCUGCUUCUUACCCUGCCCCUGCACCUCAUGGCUCUGCUGGGCUGCUGGCAGCCCCUGUGCAAAACCUACUUCCCCUACCUGAUGGCUGUGCUGACUGCCAAGAGCAACCGCAAGAUGGAGGGCAAGAAACGGGAGCUCUUCAGCCAGAUAAAGGGGCUUACAGGAGCCUCCGGGAAGGUGGACCUGCUGGAGCUGGGCUGCGGAACCGGAGCCAACUUUCAGUUCUACCCACCGGGCUGCAGGGUUACCUGCCUAGACCCAAAUCCCCACUUUGAGAAGUUCCUGACAAAGAGCAUGGCUGAGAACAGGCACCUCCAGUACGAGCGGUUUGUGGUGGCUCCUGGAGAGGACAUGAGACAGCUGGCUGAUGGCUCCAUGGAUGUGGUGGUCUGCACCCUGGUGCUGUGCUCUGUGCAGAGCCCGAGGAAGGUCCUGCAGGAGGUCCAGAGAGUACUGAGGCCGGGAGGUGUGCUCUUUUUCUGGGAGCAUGUGACGGAACCACAUGGAAGCUGGGCCUUCAUGUGGCAGCAAGUUUUAGAGCCCACCUGGAAACACAUUGGGGACGGCUGCUGCCUCACCAGAGAGACCUGGAAGGAUCUUGAGAAUGCCCAGUUCUCCGAAGUCCAAAUGGAACGACAGCCCCCUCCCUUCAAGUGGCUACCUGUUGGGCCCCACAUCAUGGGAAAGGCUGUCAAAUAACUCUUCCCAAGCCCCAAGGCACUCAUUUGCUCCUUCCCCAGCCUCCAAUUAGAACAAGUCACCCACCAGCCUACGUAUCUUCCACUGAGAGGGACCUAGCAGAAUGAGAAAAGCCAUUCCUGUCCCAUCUCCUAGUCCCUGUCUCCCCAACCUCUGCCAGGGCAAUCUCUAACUUCAAUCCCUCCUUCGACAGUGAUAAAGUCUACUUCUACCCUGACCACAGGGAGUAAACAUUUGUACCCUGUUGUAUCCUUAA